GGUUCGUGUGGGUACGAUCCCUGGGUGCGAGGUACGCCGGGAGUUGUAGUCCCAGCGGACACCGCCUUGCCGAGUCUCCGGAAGUGGAGGCGUGAGGGGCCGCGCUGAGCCGGUUCGCGGUAGCCGGACUCCAGACCACCGCUGGGGUACUGUGCGGAGGCCGGUCAUGAACGGGCCGGCGGACGGCGAAGUGGACUACAAAAAGAAAUACCGGAACCUGAAGCGGAAGCUCAAGUUUCUCAUCUACGAACACGAGUGCUUCCAGGAAGAACUGAGGAAGGCACAGAGGAAAUUGCUGAAGGUGUCCCGGGACAAGAGUUUCCUUCUAGACCGACUUCUGCAGUACGAGAACGUGGAUGAAGACUCUUCUGACUCCGAUGCCACUGCAUCUUCAGAUAACAGCGAGACAGAGGGGACACCCAAGUUGUCGGACACGCCAGCCCCCAAGAGGAAGAGAAGUCCUCCACUGGGGGGCGCCCCCUCCCCCUCCAGCCUCUCCCUGCCUCCUUCAACAGGGUUCCCCCUUCAGGCCUCCGGGGCCCCCUCCCCGUACCUGAGCUCGCUGGCUUCCCCCCCCUACCCCCCAUUCCCUUCUGACUACCUGGCCCUGCAGCUGCCCGAGCCCAGCCCCCUGAGGCCCAAGCGGGAGAAACGGCCCCGCCUGCCCCGGAAACUCAAGAGAGCUCAUUCUGGCUGCAGUGUGGAGGAGGAGCUGGAUCUGGGAGAGGCUGAAGGCAGGGAGUCCAGUUAGCAGGCUGGUACCAUAGCCCAGGUGAGCUGAGAGGAGGGCCUGGCCUAGGCCAUUGGCUGCGGGGAUCCCAAGGAGGGGCCCGUCCAAGGUGUAAGAGCUAGAAGCCUCACCCGGUGGGGGGCGAAGGCCUAUGACCCCCUCCACCGAACUACUGAGUCCUGAGGUAGGAGGAGGGAGAGGAGGCCAGUUGUGACAAGAGGUAUCUGAGGUGCCCAGAGGCAGGCAGGCAGGUAGGCACUCCAGGCUGACUGACUCUGGCUGUAACUGCUAUCACAGGGGCAGCCAAGGUGCCUCCCUGGAGAGGGCAGGGCCCAGCCUUUCCCUCCUGGUUUCCUGGAAGACCUCCCCACCGCCACCACCACCCUCAUCAACGCCUCCAUCACCACCCCUCACCUUCAGACACUUGCUGGUUUGAGACUCUGAAGGAGCUGAGGUGGGACAGGCCCCCUGAUUCCAGCAUUGGCUGGCCUGGCUCUGUCCGCUACACCUUAAAUGAGCCUUUGCCCCCAUCCCUGUCCCCCACAACUGCCUUAAGGGGCAGUGCCAGCCUCCUGGAGGUCCCACUGCCUCCCUGACAAGCCCUCCCUCUGUUUUUUCC